AUGCUGACAGAUUCGUCUACCAUUUCAUAUCGGAAGGCGCUGAGAGUGAAAAUGUUUCGCUUAUUCUUUGUGUUGGCUCUUGCCUUUUUGUUGAGUUCCUUCGCAAAAUCACAGAACAAAUCUGCAAAUCAGGUAACCAAAUUGGUAACUAGGCUUGAAGUAAUUAUAUUCGAAUCGGAAUUCGAGUGAAAGUGAGAAGGUUUGUGUUUUGUUCGUGCUUGUGAUUUCCCAAACAACCCCUUGAUUUCAUAAUUUAUGUGUACACUGCUCGUUUUUACUUUCAAACCUUCAACAGAGUCAUGGAACAGCGACAAAAUCAAACUGCUGCGUUUCACAAGUUGGAUACUGUAAAGAUGGUGGGUAAAACUUCAAACAAAAAUCCCACCUUGUUCAGCACAUUUAUAAUUACCUUAGAAUAAUAAUAAUAAUAAUAAUAAAAAUACUUGUAACACGCAUUUACUUAUUUACAUCUGCUCAUAUGGGCGAGAAAGAAAGAAAUUCGAGUUUCUUCAUUGAUGUUUGGUUUCUGUUAAUUUCUGGACAGGAAAAGACGGAAAAGAUGGACAAAACGGUGGGUGUGCAAAAGUUACUUUAUGGUUCAUUCAUCAAGUUAUUGACCUAAAAACGAACAACUUUUCAUCAUAAAAAUAAACUGUUUACUUACCUUUCUAACAAAAGAAAAUUGAUUUCUUUCUAUGCAGGAAAAGAUGGACGCGAUGGAAUAAACGGUGAUGUAGUUAUUUAUUCAAAGUAAAUUUUUGAUUUAGAUGAAAAAUUUUUUAACGUGAAUUCCUUCAUAAACACAAGUGGUAGGGACGGCUUAUUAUGGAUUUGCUGUGGAGGGGGGGGGGAGGGUUGGUGGAGGACUUUAGGAAGAUCACAUGUUUUUAAGGGGGUACUGAUGGGGGAUCAGUCGUCGACAACAGAAUAUCAAGGGGGGAAUAUAGCAAAAUGACUGUCAAUUAGCUGCCAAGGGGGGGUAGGGGUGGGGAAUCAUAAGAAUAUUACAGAGCCUUUGGGGAGGACCAGGUAAAUUUUUGCAAGACGCUACCAAAAUCCUCGGGCUGACCCGCUGAUUGGUCCUUUAUGGGAAUUUGGGGAGAGAGAAAAACGAAAACCUAGUAAUAUGAUGAUUACUUGUGUCAAGUUAACAUUACAACGAGUUUGGAUGACUGAAAAUUACUAUGAAUAAUACAUUUUUUGGGAAACGAAGGUGUACCGUGACUUUGUACUUUUGUUGCUGUUUUCGUUUAUCUGUGUUUCCCAAUUUGUACUGAUCGCCAACAUUUUCAACAUAGGACGAGAUGGACGCGAUGGGACAGUUAGAGCAAAGGUUAUGUACUUUUAAAACGAUAAUGUAACCGUCGUUAAAAAAAUGACAUUGAAACUGAACUGUAUAUGACGUAUCUCUUCUUGUUAGUGGUGAACUUAUGAGUACAUCAAUCAAACUGUUGUCAUGGUUACCGGUAGAUUACUUCCAUUCCUUUUAACUCAUCCAGGGAAAGAAAGGUGAACCAGGCAUGCAUGGUGUGAAUGGAAAUGCCGGCAUCAAGGUUGGUAAAAAAUUAAGUAGUUUUCUGGCUAAUUUUUCUUUGGCUUUGAUCUGAUUGACACUUUAACUGUUACCAAUUAUUUGGUUGGAAUAUUUAAAUCGUGAUUACUGCAGGUAUCCCAGCCUAAAAAGAUGCAGUUAUAGAAUUAGGUUUUGGGAAAGGAGAACAUUUUAUUACUCCGAACUGUAAGAGUUCUCUUGCUUCUUAUUUUACCCUAUUGGAGAAUUAUCUGACUGUUAAUGAAUACAAUGAGGUAUGUUGCGCUCAUACGUUAAAUUUUGAUUUCUUCAGGGGGAUGGGGGUGAGCCAGGAAUAAAGGGAAAGAAUGGUAGUUGUAGUUCCGAAGUUAGUUCUAUGAAUCAUUCGGUUCAACUAAAAACUGACAGACAAAUGCGAUAAUAGUAGGACUAGGAACCCCUGGUAGGACCUGGUAGGGAUUGAUCAUUAUUAAGUUGGGGGGGGGGGUCUUCUAAAGAAAGUUUCAUGAGGUUUGUAUGAAAAAUUCUUUCGUCGAACACAGCUUAAAGAUAAACUUGAAAACCAGUAACUUCUCAAAGUUAUUUCAUGAUGGAUAGCGAAAAGGUUCGUGCUAUACAACCUUUUUUUAUAAGUUUGCUUUUUCAUCGAGGGCGAGAAAGGAUCUGUUGGACAGAAAGGAUCACUAGGACUAAAAGGACAGAAAGGAAUGCCGGGAACAUGUGAUGACCUGGUACGGAAAGAUAUAAUGGAUAGAAAUCAUCAUUUAAAAGUGCAACAGUCCUUGUGUACUUCUAAAGCAAUGAAAUAUUACAACAAGUACAAGUAUUUGCUACUUUUUUUUUAUUAUUAUUUUAUGGCAGUUAUUGUGUGAAGUUCUUUGACAUGCACAAGCACAAAACGAUAAUGAUAACGAGAUUUCUAAUGAUUCUUUCCAGAGCUCCUCGUCAUCCUCCGAGAAAAGAGGGUGUUGUAAAGUCGGUAGGAGUCAUUUUUACUUGUUUUUUUGGCUUAUGUCUCCUACAGGAGGCGAGGCUACUUAUGUCGUCAAAAUGAGUGAGUGAGUGAGUGUGUGAUGGUUACAAUAGAAUUCCGAUCUUGAUCCAAUUUUUACUCGAUGUUAACUGUGCUACUCACUCUUUGUUCUGAAGUACUAAAGAAGACGAGAAACAUCUUACAAUAAUUUCACGAUGGCGCGUAAAAAUACCAAAGUUUUUCCUAUAUCACAUAAGGUGAUCGGCGCAACAUGAAAACAUACAGGAAAACUUUUUUGUUUAAACGGGGAGUAUCUUACCGUUUGAAUCAGCGAAUUAUGCCCAGUAGAUCGGAAUAUACCUUUUUUUCAGUCCUUGCCGUCACGCUACAAAAGAUGAUAAACACCUCAAAAUAAUUCACAGUAGCCUUAUCGAGAAAAAGUUUAUGAUGAAAAAAUUUCUCACCAUUGAGAGGACUUAGAUUUAAUUUCUUUUAUAAAAUAGCACUACAACAAUAGCAGCAAAAUCAAAGACGGCAACAUCGAGCCGUAUACAUCAGACACGAGCUAUUUUUUUUAUUCGUAGGACACUAGUUUUGUUUAAUUAAUUUUUUUUAUAUUGCCUCUGCUUAAAUUUACGCUUUCAGGGAAUUCUUGUUAUAAUUAACAAAAAGUGCCAAAAACGCCUUCCAAAACGUAAGAACAAUCAAAUGAAAGCUGAAAUCGCGGACAAUAAAUAAAAUUGCCAUAAGUCUCGAGUGGACAUAUACUUUGUAAGUGGUUUUCGUUCCAAUGUAAGAUUUUCAUCAAACUUCUGAGGGAAAAUCUUGUUUGAUACUCCAGUUUUAUGGAGUACAAUAGAGGAUAAAUUUUUUGACAAAUUAGACGCCCGUUGUGUGUCAGUUAUGUUAAGAUUGACCAUUCCCUACAUUCGCAGAAAUGAACUUAUUAAGUUCCUCAGUGAAGCAAAAAACAAAAGAACAAAACAAAUAAAAAGAAACCAGUUGAGUCAAGUUUUUCCAUUGUCCAUAUAACUUACAUAUUUUUAUAUGCUGAUUGCAAUACAGUGAUUGAGAAGUAGGGUUUGUUUUCGAGUUACAGGAAAAUAAAGUGAAAAAAAGGACGUUGUUUGAGAGGAUGGAGUGUUGCUUUGGUAACAUUAUAUUUUAUAGAAAGAAUUGUUGAAUAACAGUUUCGCAUGUCGUAUGGAAAUUUCGAAAAGAGCAAACUGUUAAAGCUUCGGUACGUUAAAGGGAACGAAGGACGAGAGGUAAACUCUGUCAACUCUGUUUUUUUUAUCAAAGAAUGUUCCACUGGUUUCCACUUCUUCGAGAAAGUUCAAGACUUGCCAACCAGAGGAGCUACAGCUGUUCAACAUUUCACCAUUAACGGAAGUCUGUUCCUCACCUUUGGGAACUAUCGUGGAGAUAUUCACAAAUACAAGACAAGCUCCGCGGUUUACAAGAUGGAUGAACCGACUAAAAAAUUCACAUUUUACCAGACCCUGCAAACUAGAGGUGCAUAUGGCGUUGAGUACUUUUCUAUCGCUGAUAAACAUUUCCUUGCUGUGGCUCAUUAUUGGGAUGUUACGUACCAAAUUGACUCUGUAGUAUUCCAGUGGAAUGGACAGCGGUUUGUGGUAUUUCAGAAAUUACCAACAAAAGGAGCUGCACGCUUCAAGUUCUUCACAUUAAAUAGCGAAAAAUAUCUCACAGUGGCAAACUAUUACGAUGGAAGUACCCGCUCAAUAAAAUCAGUCAUCUACAAAUGGAAUGGCGUCAAGUCCAACAAGUUUCAGGAGAUAGCAACUGAAGGUGCCUUGGGAUGUACAGCAUUUAUAAUAAACAAUGUCACUUACAUCGCUUUCGCCAACCAUUACAACUCUCAACAGAAGUAUUCUGUUCAGUCCACUGUCUUCAAAUGGUCAGGAGGACACUUUGUCAAACUACAGUCUCUUCAAACUUACGGGGCAUUUGACGUCAAGUCUGUUAAUAUCAAUGGUCACACAUUCCUCUCUUUUGCCUGCUACUACACUGGAAGUUCCCACAACACUGACUCGUUUAUUUAUAAAUGGGAUGGUACCAAGUUCGUUCUUUUCCAGUCUAUUCCUACUCGUGGAGCUCUCGUUUGCCAUCUUUUCGUGAUCAGCUCUCAUACCUUCUUAGGCGUGGCCAAUCAUUACGACAGCAGCCAGAAACACAACACACAGUCAGCUGUGUACCAGGCCGCUGGAGCAAAGUUCAUCGAGUACCAAGAGAUUUCCACUCAUGGAGCUCGUGAUAUGACAUCAUUUGAGUACAAAGGUCACACUUAUCUGGCAGUGGCAAACCACUACGAUCAGAAGUACAACAUAAACAGCGCUUUGUACUAG